UAACAUCAUAUCUUUCUAUAUUCCUCUUUCUCAAAGAGUGAACUGAGAACUAGAGAACUAGAGACUGAAGGUUGUUAGCUUGAAUCAUUAAGAUAUUUGAUGUUCAUCUCUGAAACUCUGAAAUCUGUCUGAGAGGAGAAACAACUGAGACAUUUGAUAAGAACUGAAGAAGAAACGAGCUGAAGACAGUUAGAGGAGAGAGCAGAGCCAAACACUCUCAGGAUCUCAUGAGCAGAUCAAACACUGCUUUAAGACACUCGCAACUUCUCCAGUCUCUGAUCAUGUUAUGAUUCACUUUAUCUCUGUUGAAAAUGAUGCCACUGAACAGAAGAGGAAGCUGUGGUCUACUAGAGCUAAAAGUGACAAAAUUAACGUUAUGAAAUGACCAAAAAAGAGUUGGAUGUCCACACGAUUUAACUCUUCAAGUUGUGCAGUUAUUUUAGCUGACAGUAGAGUUUCUCGUGACUUUACUACAGAUCAGUCUCUCAUCAGCUCAUCUGUCAUUUAUUACUGAACCAGUUCUGAAGAGUUUGUCUUCAUAUUUGUGGACUGAAACCACUGAAGAUGUUUGACAGAUUCUGGUUCAGUUUGUGUUUGUGGUGUCUGGAUGGUGUGUUUGGGGAUGAAAUGAAGUCAGUGUCAGUGGGAGAUUCAGUCACUCUCAACUCUAAUCUUACUGAAAUACAUGAUGAUGAUCUGAUUCAGUGGUGGUUUUUGGUUGAAAACACUUUAAUAGCUGAGAUCAAUGUAACAGCCGACAGAUUCUCUGUAUAUGAUGAUGUUCUUGACGGGAGAUUCAGAGACAGACUGAAGCUGGACAAACAAACUGGAUCUCUGACCAUCACAAACUUCACAACUGAACACGCUGGAGUUUAUACAGUAGAGACCAAAAAUAUGACUAUAUUUUUCUUUCUCGCUGUCUAUGAUGAAAUAUCAGUGAAGAAGGGAGAUUCAGUCACUCUGAACUCUGAUCUUACUGGAAUAGAUUAUAAUCGGAUUCUGUGGACAUACCUGUAUAUGAGUGAAAAAGCUAUAAUAGCUGGAAUAAAUAAACCGUACAACAUCGUCACUGUAUUUGAUAAUGUUCUUGACGGGAGAUUCAGAGACAGACUGAAGCUGGACAAUCAAACUGCAUCUCUGACCAUCACAAACAUCAGAACUGAACAUACUGGAGAUUAUGAACUACUGAUAAUUGGAGCAAAACAGUCAUUAAAAGUUUUCAGUGUUUCUGUCUAUGACUCUGUCCACUGCUGUGGUUCUACUGAAGCUGUGAUCCGAUUGGUCCUCUCUGCUCUGGUGGGCGUGGCUACUGUCAUUGUUCUGGUUUAUGACAUCAGAUCCAGAAGAGCUGAACUAGAUCAAGCACAGAUUCACACAACAAGUACAUGA